AUGGUGAUGGACACCAUGGUGAUACAUCUUACACUGUUUUUGUAUAUGGUGUUGGCUUCACACUGCAACCCUCUCCUUCCUGCGUCUUUGCCACGUUCAGGUGAGGAAAAAAUGUUACCAGUUCUCCAUGAGGUUGUAGGCACUGUGUUGGACGCCCAGUGCUCCAUCUUCAUCGUUACGAAUGGCAACACAACCGCAACUACGAUAAGCAAAUUUCUUCGACGGAGCCCUUCUCCUCGGGGCGUGGGUGUCUUUGAGGUGCCAGGAAGUGAUUAUUCUCCCGGGACUACGGGUGGUAAAGAACUACAAGAGGUGAUCCAGACAGCCCGGAAGCUCCGUGAGGCGUCCUGGUGCGUGAACGUGGUCGUACCGAGCGACGACCCCGCCUUCCUGGCCUCCUUCGCCGAGUCGUCGCUCCGGGGCCGCCUCCUGGUGUGGGCCACGAGGCUCCUGGUCGUCACCCGCCUGCCCCUUCAGGAGCUCCGUCAGCUGUACCAGGCGCUCUCCUUGACGAAUUCCGCGCUCUUGGUUCUCGGUCAGGACCUGCUCUUCGCGAGGUAUUGCUGGGGCUUUGAGGGAUCUCUUUUAGUCGUCUACGUGCAGCUGCCCUACAGGCCUCCGAGCGGGCAGCUGCAGAAGGUCGCGUCUUGGUCUUCUCGGGGCGGCCUUGUCCUUCAGGAGCAGGUUUUCCCCGACAAAUUUUCAAGGUUCCCCGAAGGAGCUUCUCUCACCGUGGCGGCGGAGGAAUACAUCCCGCACGUGGAAGUCGUUGAGAGUCCAGGACCACCUUUCUCCUUUAAGGGACCCAUGGCCAAUCUGCUUGAUAUUUUGGCCAAGUCCAUGAAUUUCACGUACAGUUUCCAGCGCCCUCCCGACGGUGCCUGGGGAGGGAGGCUGCCAGACGGUUCCUACAACGGCAUGGUGGGAAUGGUGUCCAGGAAGGAGGUGGACCUCGGUCUGGGGCCCUUCGGCAUGAGCACCGUCCGCGCCGCCGUCGUAGACUUCACCAAACCGAUCCUGAUAGACUACGCGAGAAUCCUGGGCGGCAAAGGGCGCGCUGAGAUCGAUCCCUGGGGCUUCCUGCUGCCCCUGACGCCCGAAGUGUGGGCGGGGUUGGCGGCGCUGGGGCUUCUGGUCAUCCUGACGGUGGCCUUCCUCUCUUACCUGUCGGGGCAGCGCCUGCCGGGCCGGGGCUCCAGGAACUUGUACUUCGCUGUCGUGCGGACGUUGCUGAUACAAGACGCGAAGGUGCCUCCGGGGCGGCGGUGGGAACGCGUGCUGCUCGCCGGCUGGAUGAUCGUGACGCUGGUGACGGUGAAGAGCUACGCGGGGAACCUCAUGUCCCUGCUGGCGGUGCGUCACAUCCCGCAGCCGUACCAGUCGGUCAGGGACGUCCUCGACGACCCCGCCUGCACCAUGAUCUGGGAGGCGAACACGGCUUAUGUGCAGUUCGUGGAGAUUGCAUCCAGCGGCAUUCCAACCCAAGCGGCACAUAAGCACAGGCGCACCAAGCAGCAUUGCAAGAGUCUGUAUCUGUAUCUUUAA